UUACAUUCUGUUUUGCCUUUUACGCGUAACGAACGUGGUUUUGUGUUUUAUGACUUUCUGGGAAACAGUGGUACGCCUAUCCACGCGCCACUUUUUCAUCUCUUUGUCUUUGAUAUCUCUCUUGUCUGACCAAAUCGUGUCACAUCUCCUUCUUCUCCACUUUACCAAAUCGUGUCAAAUUUUAGGGUUUUUUCUUUUCGUACUUCAUCAAAUUCUGGAAUCUGGUUUUUUCUUAGUUUUCUUCUAUAUACCUUUGAAUCGCAUCUUUGAUCCAAAUUCAUUUUAGAUAUCACCUUGAAGUCGAAUUUGUGAUUUUUUCUUUUCCUCUCGAAUUCUCAAAGUCUCACGCAACUAUGAAAGAAGACAUGGAAGUACUAUCGCUCGCUUCACUACCGGUUGGGUUCAGAUUUAGUCCAACGGACGAAGAGUUAGUCCGGUACUAUCUCCGGCUCAAGAUCAACGGUCACGAUAACGACGUUAGAGUAAUUCGUGAGAUCGAUAUCUGCAAAUGGGAGCCUUGGGAUUUGCCUGAUUUUUCUGUGGUGAAGACAACAGACUCAGAGUGGCUCUUCUUUUGUCCUUUGGACCGGAAAUAUCCGAGUGGAAGUCGAAUGAAUAGAGCUACUGUGGCUGGAUACUGGAAGGCGACGGGAAAAGACCGUAAGAUCAAAUCAGGAAAGACUAAGAUUAUAGGUGUUAAGAGGACUCUAGUGUUUUAUACAGGUCGUGCUCCUAAAGGGACACGAACUUGUUGGAUUAUGCAUGAGUAUCGUGCUACUGAGAAGGAUCUUGAUGGAACAAAGUCUGGCCAGAAUCCGUUUGUUGUUUGUAAGUUGUUUAAGAAGCAAGAUAUUGUGAACGGAGCUGCUGAACCAGAAGAGUCAAAGUCAUGUGAAGUUGAACCAGCGGUAUCGUCUCCAACUGUUGUGGACGAGGUUGAAAUGUCUGAGGUAUCUCCUGUUUUCCCUAAAACAGAAGAGACUAAUCCUUGUGACGUCGCAGAGUCUUCUCUUGUAAUCCCCAGCGAAUGUCGUAGUGGAUACUCUGUCCCUGAGGUUACAACCACCGGGCUUGACGAUAUCGAUUGGCUCUCGUUUAUGGAGUUUGAUUCCCCGAAGCUGUUCUCUCCGUUGCACUCUCAGGUGCAAUCUGAGCUCGGUUCCUCUUUCAAUGGCUUACAAUCUGAGUCUAGUGAAUUGUUCAAAAACCACAAUGAGGAUUACAUUCAGACUCAGUACGGUACAAAUGAUGCGGAUGAAUAUAUGUCCAAGUUCUUGGAUUCUUUUCUUGACAUUCCCUAUGAGCCAGAACAGAUCCCAUAUGAGCCACAGAAUCUUAGCUCAUGCAACAAGAUCAAUGAUGAAUCUAAGAGAGGAAUUAAGAUUAGAGCUCGACGAGCACAAGCCCCGGGUUGUGCUGAGCAGUUUGUAAUGCAGGGCGAUGCCUCAAGAAGGCUGCGUCUUCAGGUUAACCUUAACAGCCACAAGUCAGAAACUGACAGUACACAACUUCAAUUUAUCAAGAAAGAGGUUAAGGACACAACAACGGAAACUAUGACGAAAGGAUGUGGAAAUUUCACAAGAUCAAAGAGCAGGACUAGUUUCAUAUUCAAGAAAAUUGCAGCCAUGGGAUGUUCAUACAGAGGGCUUUUCAGAGUCGGUGUGGUAGCGGUUGUGUGUGUGAUGUCGGUCUGCAGUCUAGUCGCAUAAAUCCGCUGAAUGUGAUGUUUGUUCCGAUCAAUUCAUAUAGUAAGAAUAAAGAAAGUGGUUUUUACGGGUGGAGAGAGCGCGGAUUUGUGUGUAUAACAGGGGUUUUGGCCUGGUUCUGCAUCUGUUGUUAUUGUUGUUGUUUUUGUCGGCUUAAGCUUAACCAUGGUCGGUUUAGGAGUGUAGUAGACUUGUAGUUAACAUGUACGACGACUCAUAAUAUUCAGAUGGUAAUGUUUGGAAAUUUUUUUAUUCCUGACCACAUGUGUCUUGAGAUUGCGUUUUUGACAUUUUUAGUAGCCUUGUACAAUCAGAAACAAACUACGAGUUCGAAUGGUAGCACCGUAAUGAAAACGGUGUCAAACAUGUUAGUACGAACCGACCGGGUAGAGAUAUUUAUUAGAGGUGUGUUUAUUUCGUAUAUCAUUAAACAUGUUUAGUAUGAUAGGACGGUUUGAUUGAGGGUAUGGACUGUUAAACAUGUCAUUUGGGUAUUUUAUGGCAUUAAGUAUGCCCAGUAAUAUAUUACAAAAUUUUUGGACAAAAGA